CUUAUUGUCAUUUGGAAUUUUCAGUUUAGUAGAUCAAGUACCGAAUUGAACGUUAAUUUCGUUCUUCGUGUUGAUUAUUAAAAAAAUAGAUAUUAUUAAACAAAUUUUUUUACAAAUUAUAGCGAAUGUUUUUGAGUGUCCUCGUACCUACAUUAUAAUAAUUAGAUAAGAUAAGUAGUUAAUCUCAAUUCUUAAUAGAUUUAAAUCAAAUGUUAUGAUAUGGAACUUUUAUAUUGUUUUUAUUUUCUGCUUUUGUGUUUUGUGGCCGGUAACGAUGAAAAGGAGAAUGAGGAUGAAAUUAGGAGGAGAAGACUUAUAGAGCAGUUGACAAAAACUCGUACGGAAAUACUUGAUAACUAUGAACUGGUUACCCGGCAGAUAGCUACGGACGUAUUUAUGUUCAGAAGUUAUCGGACUGUUUCUGUGUUGAUGUACCAUGUAAAAACGGACAUAGAAGAAGCUCGAUUCACUAUUCAAUCAGAAGAACUGCAUUUAAAUAAUAUUGGAUCAUGUACUCCUCAAGAAGUUAUACUAAAUAUAAAGCAUGGCUCCUACCCUGCAGUUAAUCCAGAUGGCUAUGACUUUCCUAAAAACUUCAUACAUUCACAAUCAAGAGAGGAGAUACAUACAAUAGAGCUUUUAUCAGACGGAAAGAACCAAACAUAUACAAUACAUAAACCAAAGCCAGGUUAUUGGUUUGGCUUAGUCUAUAUAAAAUGGCAGGAUCCGAGAGGGCAAAAGGUUGAACAACAAGGUUUAGUUGCUGAUUGCCAUACAAUAUUGUACACGGAUUUACAAGUAAAAAAGGAAGAGAAAAUUGAAAUAAUAGACUGCUAUAACACUCUGACCAUAGAUUAUCAACAAUUGCCAGCAUUAUAUAAAUGUAUGUCCAACGAUAAUAUAGAUCCUAUAAGUCUGAACAUAACUGUAGUUAAUACUGCAUCUAAUGAUUCAAAAAUAACAUUACAAGUGCAACCAAAUUCAAUACCGUCACAGGAAAAUUAUAUAAUAUACUGCAACUUUGAUCCAAGACUGAAUAUUAUACAAAGAAUCGUAUUCGAUUCUUCUCCAAGCUCAUGGCAUUAUAUAAAAGUGGAUAAUAUUUUUGGUAACACUUCAAAUAUAGCAGACUGCGAAUCCUACUAUCUCAGGGAAUAUGAUGAACCCGCCGAUCAAUCUAUUAUAGACCUUAUGCGCGACGACAAAGGUCGAUUUUUCACAUUCGAUUAUGGCUUACCCACCACAGACUUACAAGAUGCAACCAGUCUGGUAAACAUAACGUCAAAUGAAAUCAAAGCUUUACGAUUUAAAGUUAACCAGUUCAUUGAUAUCGGUGGCACGUUAACGAUAGAAGCCAGUCUAUUGAUGAGUUUGAAGUACUAUAUGGGGUAUAAGAGAGAGUUGAAGAAGGGUACGCUGCUAGCGUUCACUGAGGAUAACCAAUUCUUCAAGGCCGUGAUUUGUAUGGACAUCGGUCACCCUAGUAUACCAUUGAAGACUGGACACUGUAAAUUUAAUGAUAGAGUUAAGCCAGCAUUGUUUGUUUUAAAUAGUACGGAUUCAGAGUCGAUUUACGAGAAAAUUCUUAUCCCAUACCCGGAUAGUGGGAACUGGUAUUUAACGUUUAGGCUGUUUUGUGAUGAAGUCGUGUGCCCCUGUCUUACUUCAGACAACGGGACUAAAUACUACGUUGACUCUCCAACUUCAGAAACUGACAGCUCUGUAGAAUCAAGCACGUUUUCGAAUAUAACGAGAGAGGGUGAAACUGAUUGCAACGCAACUGUAGUAUUGUCGAUAUCAUCUACUUCGUGUCUUAAUGGCAGAUGCAGUAACCAUGGCAACUGUGGAUUGAAUACUUUUGGAGGUAUGGUGAUGUCAUACUGUUCGUGUUCAGCAGGAUAUGGAAGUUGGGACUGCUCAGACGAUUCAAGAAUGGACAGUAAAGUUUACAUGUUAGUGUCGCUACUACUUUUGACACUUAGCAACUUUCUCUUCAUGUUCUCGAUUUACGUCGCCUGCAUUCGAUACUACUACACCGAAGCCAUGAUGUAUGCAUUUACAAUGGUGUUUUCAACUUUCUACCACGCUUGUGAUGCGCCAGCGCAAGUUGCGCUUUGCAUCAUAAGGGGAAACAUACUACAAUUUGGCGAUUUUUACUGCGGAUUAAUGUCAUUUUGGGUCACCCUUCUGGCUAUGAGCAUUAUCGGUGAUAAACUCAGAUCAACAUUUCAGCUAUUUGGAGCGAUCCUUAUCGCUCUCCUAACCACAUGGAACAUGCAUUCGUUCGUUGCGUUUUUGUUGCCAGUUGCGAUCGGUGUUACCAUUGUAUUAGCAUCGUGGUAUACAGACUAUAGUAAAACGCAUUGUAUGCGUUAUCCUAAGACGUAUUAUUCUAGGCACCUGCCAUUUGGCAUAGUUCUGGUUUCAAUUGGUUUGGUAUGCUACGCGUUUUUGCAGACAGAACAAAAUUACAAAAUAGUACAUUCGAUAUGGCAUAUGAUUAUAGCGAUUAGUGUUGCGUUUCUGUUGCCAGAUGUAAAAAGGGUUGAUAUGAAUCCGUUCGUUCCGAGUUCGGGGUACUGCUGGCGGCCGAUUUGUAAUAUAUUUAGGAGAACCACGAAUCAAUAAUGCAUUUAUUUAUCGACCAAAUAAAUUGUUCAUCUAUCAUCAAAAACGUAAAACAUUAUCAGUAAGAUGCUUGAUAUUAUUUUGUAGAAUAUUUUUUGAAUUAUCGGUUUGUUGCUGACCCUGGGGGCUUUCAUACACUACUGUUAAGGCAUCUUGACUAAGCCAAGCCCCCUGGUGAUCGUAAGUAACUAAGAAUAUUAAGCGAUGAUGCAAUAGAAAACCGAACAAAGCAAAACAUUUAAAUGAACACUUUAUUUGGUCGAAACACGUCUUUUGGAAACGAUUUUGAUAUUUAUAUAAAUCAUAGUAACGUAAGCAUAAUAGGUAAUGCCAUUUGCAAUGUUAUAAUAGUAAGUAAGAAGUGAAAACUAACCUAGUCAAUGCAAAAACAUCUAACAAAUAUUAUUGUGAUAUUGUAUCAUAUACAUUUUCAUACGACAAUAUAUAAAUGUAUAACAUAGUACAUAUGUAUAUAGAUUUAUUAUACACUAGAACAAGUUAUUUUUGUGUCAUAAACGACAUUAAUGUCCGUUCAUAUCUACAGGCGUUGAACGUGACAAACAUGCGUCGUGACAAACAAAAUUAUAUUCUCCUGUAGUCUUAACACGAAUUCUAUAUUCGCGCUUCGGUUUAGUCCCAAAUACACUCACGGAGCGCGUCCCAAUAUUCGAUGAAAAAAUGUAUUGUCUAUUACGAUAACUAUUCAAUUUUAAGUUUGGUUCGUGCUAUGGGUAUUAAACUCUCUGGCUAUUAGCAGUCCAUCGCUAUGUUUUGUUUGCGACCGCGGCGCUGAUAGCAAUGUUUGUCUGUGUCAUGCCUUUGUCACGUUAGGGCUCAUUCAGACGAACGGCACGCGCCAACUGCAAGCGUCGACGGCUGCCGUUGAAGGCAGUCGACUAAUAUAGACAGGGAGCCACUUGCAAAAUGAUGUACAGAGAACAAGAUGGAAACUUUUUUACACUCUAUCCACGUUUGCGAAGAAACGAAAAUAAUUUUUUCAAUUAUUUUCGAAUGACAACUGCUUCUUUUGAUGAGCUAACAACCAUUUUGAAAGCUUCAAUAUCUCGUCGAGAUACCGUGAUGCGGACUCUUGGACUAUUUGCAGUCGACUGGCAAAAUAGCGGUCGUGGCACGCCACAACUGCGAGCGUAACAACCCAUCGACGGCUGCCGCCGAAACGUUGACGCCUACCGUCGACGCGCUAACGAUUGCCGUCGAAUGCCGUCAACGGCACGUCGACGCUUGCAGUUGGCGCGUGCGCGUUCGUCUGUAUGAGCCCUUAGAUAUAAGUUAACGUGUUUGGCACGCUCAAUGACUGUAAAUAUCGGUGCAUAUUUGGACGAUCCAGCACUGGAUUUCGCGAACCGUGUGUGCUAUAAUUUAUUGAUUGAUUUAUAACGAAGCCAUGGAUGUGGUUUUCCUGCCCCCUAUUAUUAUCACUCAGCACGGAAUUGCCAUAUAGUUGUAAUUGUUAAAUAAAGUUCUGUUACAUAUUUUACAAUUUUAUAGAUAUCUUUAACAAUACUGUAUUUUUGUGCAGUUCAAUACUCAUCCUAAAACCGUCAUAGUUACUAAGUAACUUUUAUGUAUCUUAUUACAUUUGAGAUUAUACUAAACGGAAUGCCAUACAUUCUAGAUAUGACCAUCUAUCAUGUAUUUUGAACUCUUUUCCAUAAAUAUCAGGUUAGAGUCCAUCCUAGUUCAGACGAUUGCUAACAUGGGUGCCUUAUACUGUUCAAUUUCAUCUAUUAUUAACACAAGUUUAAAUGUAUAGUAAAACCUUUACCCUACACAGAGAUCAAGAUUUUAAAUGUAGCCGUGUUUAAAUGAUUUAAUGGGUGUAGCCCGACACGUGUCAGCAAGUAGUUUAACGCGCAAAAGUGUUAUUUUUUUAAGUAUAUUACUUCCAAAAAAAUAAUUUAUUUUAGCACGCCAAAUCCUUGCAAGUACCUAACUGAUAUAAAAAUAUUUAAUCAUUUCCAAUAAAAAAUGUAGUUUAACCUGUAGGCUACAUUUAAAAGAAAUUGAUCACAAAAAUGAAGAUUGAAUGUGUAUAAAAAGCUAAUUAGUUGAAGAUUAUAUUGUAUUAUUCAUGUUUUGAGAUUAUAGAAAUACUUGCGUACUUGAACACGAAAAUCUCUUUAGAUUAUGGUACGAUUUCGAUAGUUAUUUGAUUAAUUAGUUUAACAAAGAAUUCUGUUUCUUUAUAAACUGUUAAAGUAGCUUAGGAACUCAUUUCAUAUCUGGUUGAGGUCUUAGUAUUAAUAAUUUUGUUUAAAUACCAUAAUAUACAGGAUAACGUAAUUAGACAUUUUGAUAUAUGAUUCAAAAAAAUUAAGACUAUGUACAAGACUUGAGGAAUUUAUCCUGCCCAAUUAUUGUAUUAUCUGAAACUUGGCAUUUUAAAAUGUUAUAUAUUGAUGCAUGUAAUAGGAAAGACUUAAAGAACCGUUUAGAUUAUAAAUUCCAGUGAUUUCUGGUUCAUAGCAUUUAUAAAAUAAAUAAAUGAAGAAAAGGUGUCAUAAAUUUAUCCUCAAAAUCACAUGAAAACAUAUCAUACAUCAUCGAACAUUCUACAAUCCUUAUUAAAACAUAUUUUUCCAGUUUAUUUUUAAAUUCAAUGAUGUAUAUUUUUGGUAUCUUAGUCAAGGAGAUGUUUCUAAAUUGUUACAUUCUUAAAUGCAUUUAGCUAUCAGUUGUCACAUUCCUUACUAUGCUCAAUUGUUAUUGACAAGAUUUUGCUAAUUACCAUUAUCUUUAAAUAGACAUUUAUUUCUUUUUAUAUACUAUAUUAUCAAAAUAUGUAUAUUAUAUUAAAGAUUUUAUUAGCCUUAAGUUGCCUGUCAUAAACAUUAACAUACUAUUAGCAGUAAAUACAGCUUGCUUUUAAUUGACAAAAAAUAUUUAUGGUAUGAUUAUUAGUAAGCGAUGUGAAUUGUUUUAUGAUUUCCUUGAAAAUAAAGUUGUUGUAAAUAUCAUACCAUAAGUUUCAUGACACAGCUGCUGACUUCCAUAUUUUUUUAUUCUACCAGAUACAGUUUAUUUUUUACUGAAUUUGUUAUUUGUGUUAAUAUGAAAAUAUGUCUUGUUAGAUAUUUAUGUGAUUAUUAAAACCAAAAAUGAU